AAAAACCGCUGCCAGUGUUUCCUUCUCGUCUACUAAGGUGUCUCUGUUGCUCUAUAAAUAAAACGUCUCACAGCCUUCUGCGAGCGUUAUAAAGGCCGCGGAACUGCUGUCCCGAGGGCUUUCCAGGAGGGGCUUGAGCGGAGACAGGUCAUGGCAGCGCCGGGCAGCAGGUUGGAGCCGCCGCCGCUCCCCGAGUACAGCUGCAGCUACGUGGUGUCGCGGCCGGUGUACAGUGAGCUGGCCUUCCAGCAGCGGUAUGAGCGUUGCCUGCAAGAGCGCAAGACGCUGCGGGAGAGCCUGGCCGGGGGCUGCAGUUGUUCAAGAAAGAAAGUCUUUGGUGUGCUGAAGACUCUCCUGCCCAUCUUUGACUGGCUCCCCAAAUACCGAGUCAAGGAGUGGCUGCUUAGUGACAUCAUUUCGGGAGUUAGUACCGGGCUGGUGGGUACGCUGCAAGGUAUGGCGUAUGCUCUGCUAGCUGCGGUUCCUGUUGGAUAUGGUCUCUACUCUGCUUUUUUCCCUAUUAUGACAUACUUUAUCUUUGGAACAUCAAGACACAUCUCAGUUGGACCUUUCCCAGUGGUCAGUUUAAUGGUGGGAUCUGUUGUUCUGAGCCUGGCCCCUGAUGAACACUUUCUCAUAUCCAGCAGUAAUGGAACUGCAUUAAAUGCUACCAUGAUCGACUUCACUGCCAGAGAUGCAGCAAGAGUAUUGAUUGCGAGCACCCUCACUUUUUUGGUUGGAAUCAUACAGUUGGCAUUUGGAGCCUUGCAGGCUGGAUUCAUAGUGAGGUACUUGGCAGAUCCUCUGGUUGGCGGAUUCACGACAGCUGCUGCCUUCCAAGUGUUGGUCUCGCAGCUAAAGAUCAUCCUCAACGUUUCAACCAAAAACUAUAACGGCGUUCUCUCCAUUAUCUAUACUCUGAUUGAGAUUUUUCAAAAUGCUGGUAACACCAAUCUUGCUGAUUUAACUGCUGGAUUACUGACCAUUAUCAUCUGUAUGGCAGUUAAGGAAUUAAAUGACCGAUUUAAACACAAAAUCCCAGUUCCUAUUCCUAUAGAAGUAAUUGUGACAAUAAUUGCUACUGCCAUUUCAUAUGGGACCAACCUGGAAAAAAACUACAAUGCCGGCAUUGUCAAGUCCAUCCCAAGGGGGUUUCUGCCUCCCGCACUUCCACCUGUGAGCUUGUUUUCUGAGAUGCUGGCUGCAUCAUUUUCCAUCGCUGUGGUGGCUUAUGCUAUUGCUGUGUCUGUAGGAAAAGUAUAUGCCAUCAAGCAUGAUUACACCAUCGAUGGGAACCAGGAAUUCAUUGCCUUUGGGAUCAGCAACAUCUUCUCGGGAUUCUUCUCUUGUUUUGUGGCCACCACUGCCCUGUCCCGCACUGCUGUCCAGGAGAGCACUGGGGGAAAGACACAGGUUGCUGGCAUUAUCUCCGCUGGGAUUGUGAUGGUCGCCAUUGUUGCCCUGGGGAAGCUGCUGGAACCCUUGCAGAAGUCAGUCUUGGCAGCUGUUGUAAUUGCCAACCUGAAAGGGAUGUUUAUGCAGGUGUGUGACAUUCCUCGUCUGUGGAGGCAGAAUAAGAUUGAUGCUGCUAUCUGGGUGUUUACAUGUAUUGCGUCCAUCAUUCUGGGGCUGGACCUUGGUUUACUAGCUGGCCUUAUGUUUGGAUUACUGACUGUGGUUCUGAGAGUUCAGUUUCCCUCAUGCAAUGGCCUUGGAAUCAUCCCUAGCACAGAUAUCUACAAAAGUACCAAGAAUUACAAAAAUACUGAAGAACCUGAAGGAGUAAAAAUUCUUAGGUUUUCUAGUCCUAUCUUUUAUGGCAACGUCGAUGGUUUUAAAAAAUGUAUCAAGGCUGCUGUUGGAUUUGAUGCCAUUAGAGUGUAUAAUAAGAGGCUGAAAGCACUGCGGAAAAUACAGAAACUCAUCAAAAAAGGGCAUUUAAGAGCAACAAAGAAUGGCAUUAUAAGUGGUGCUGGUUCAUCAAAUGAUGCUUUUGAGCCUGAUGAAGAUAUUGAAGAUCUGGAAGAACCUGAUAUCCCAACCAAGGAAAUAGAGAUUCGAGUGGACUGGAACUCAGAGCUUCCAGUAAAAGUGAAUGUUCCCAAAGUGCCAAUCCACAGCCUCGUGCUUGAUUGUGGAGCUGUGUCUUUCCUGGAUGUUGUUGGAGUGAGGUCAUUGCUAAUGAUUGUCAAAGAAUUCCAAAGAAUUGAUGUAAAUGUGUACUUUGCAUCGCUUCAAGAUCAUGUGAUAGAGAAGCUGGAGAAAUGUGGUUUCUUUAACGAUCACAUUAGGAAGGACAUAUUCUUUUUGACUGUCCAUGAUGCUGUCCUCCACCUACAGAACCAGGUUAAAUCUCGAGAGGUUCAAGAUUCCAUUUUAGAUACGAUCACCCUAAUCCAAGACUGUAAAGACCCUCUUGACUUAAUGGAAGUAGAGCUGGUUGAAGAAGAACUUGAUGUCCAGGAUGAGGCUAUGCGCACACUUGCUUCCUGAAAGUGGAUUCAGGGGGUCGUUAUAAGCAAGGUCUUCAAGGCAAAACCUACCGCCACCCAAUGUAAUUCUAUGCAAAUAUUUUCUGCAUUGACUUUCUUUGCACUUGAAACAGUCAUUCUUUUUCCAUUAGAUUUUUUUAAAUCUUUAAUUUUUUUUUAAACUUCUUAGUCAUUGAAACUGAAGCACUAAGAUUGUGUCUGGGCUUUAUUUAUAAAAUAAAUAGCUGACCUCUAAAAUGUGCAAAAUGGUGAGAAGGACUGUCCAGGGGAUCUAGCAACGUCUGCAGAUGUUAAGCUGCUCCCGCCCCUGCGACAGAUGUAACAGUGUUCUUGUGACUGUGACGUACCCUUGCUCAGUCUAAGACCCAACAGCUUCUGUGGGCAGGUAAAUCAGAAAUGAUAUCAUAAAGAAAAAUCCAUUUCAGACUGACUUUGACACCCAUGAGCUGCAAUGAUCACUGUGUAAGGUCACACUGAGUGAAUACUGAAAUAUAAUUACUAAUGCAUUAUCCUUAACAGCUUUCAAAAAUCACUUUUAUUAAAUAUAUAAAAAAAAAUUUUUGAAUGCAACUUUGGUUAGUACUUACUAAUGAAUGUUACUGUAUGUCACCAGAUGUGUAAUCAGAAUUCAGAAUCAAGGAAAUGGUUCACUUAAAAGCUACAGAACUAGGCUGAUAGAUUUUAGAAACUGAUUCAGAGAAAUGAAGCAGUAAGUUUAUUGUGGUUUAUAGAAAUAAUUUUUUGAUAUGAUAAUCAUGGAUAAUUAAGAGCAAAUAGAAAUAUGACAUACUAUCUCUAGCUUAAAAAUGAAGUUUUGAUUUACUUAGUUAAUAGAAAUGAUUAUUUCUAUGGGUAUAUCUAUGUACUCAACAUAGGAGCAUCUACAUAUGUAAAACAAAUACUAACAGAAUUAAAGGAGGAAAUAGAAAUCAAUGCAUUCAUUUUAGGAGACUUCAACACACCACUCACUCCAAGGACAGAUCAACCAGACAGAAAAUAAGUAAUCUAUUUAAAAUCUGACAUGAAAAUUGUUAUUUUGAAAAAUAAUUUUGAUAUGUUUAUAAGACUAUGGUGAUUAAAAUGAGUUUAUAUUUUUCUCUAAAAUUUUAGCAGUAUGUAAAGUAAGUGAUCUUUAAUUGAAAUCUGACCAUCUUUCAAAAAAAUCUAAAAAUCAACAGCCUGUAUAUAAAUCUGUUGAAAAGGAAUUUUUAAGACAAAAUAUUUUGGAUGAACUCAAUAGCCAUAAAAAUUUUGGUUUGGAAUAUACACAUUGAGAAUAUAUAUGUCUUUAAAAAUACAUAUUUUAGGCCAGAAAAUAUUACUUUAUGUCUUUUAUUUUUACAUGAUCUUUUUUGAGUGCCAACAAUUUUCUAGGUAUUAUAUAUAAUAUAUAAGCUUUGAUCCUGUGGACUGUUACCAUUAUUUCAUGCUGAAAUUAAUGAAGUUGUGCUUCAUUUCUAGAGAAAGUACUCAGGUCCCCAGCUGAGACAACGUCUUGCUUGGUUGAGAACUAUAUUGUACAUCUAGCACAGAUGUGUGAAAUUUCCAAAUGUGUUUGGCUAGCCAAAGACAGCAUGCCCUAUCUCUAUUUUUCUUCUUAAAUACAAUCAGAAACAAGGUAUCUACUUCUGAAGGAAUAUCAUCAGUGAUCAUAUUAAACUGAUGAACUGAAGGCGUCAUCAUUUCCCACCCCCUGCAUCCUACUUGUUAGAAUCUGAGGGAGUUGUGAUGGAUUGGGAUAUUAUGAUACUCUUUCAUGCUCAUGGGUUAUCCUGUCUUUAACUGACCUAGAACAGAUUACUCCCCAUGUUGGGUACAGCCUAACCAGGAUUACAAUGUUAUCUCAUUUUUGCAGUAAUACCUGCUUAUAAUGGCAACAGAUCAUAUCUCUAAAUAGUGAAUAUAAUAGUCUUUCAGAAAAUGGAUGAAUACCUCUGUUCAAUAGAGGAAAUCUGCACUACCCGAUUUUUUUUUUUUAGUUGAAGGAAAUACCAAAGUUACAUUUUACAGUAAGGCUAGAGUUUUGUAAAAGAUUGGAUCCAUUUGUGAUUAUGUAGGACCACACUCCAUUUGACUCAUUUCCCCAAGCAUGCUCUAAAAUACUGUCUUUUCUAUGCAUUUUGUGAGUAGUAAGCAUACUUUUAAUUCUGUAUUGUCAGUGGAACUUUUACUUGAAAUCAAAGUUGUCUUGUUAUGUUUUUAACCUAUAGAAUCAGAUUCUAGUGUUGUAUAUGAAUGUCAGCAACAAGUGACUAAAUCAAACCAUGUACAUUUGGAAAUAUUUGCACAUAAUUUUUAUUAAAUGUAAAGUUGCCUGUUAAACUACUCUGAUAUGUUCUUUCUGAACAUAACUAUUGAAUAUAAUAAAAAUGUUUACAUUUUAUCUUUGCUAUUACUCUUACAAGUCAUCAUUUUGAUGUACUCUUUAUAGCUCCACUUUCAUUUGUUGGUGUGCACUUUCUUUUUGUAAAGACUUACCAGUG